AGGUUCCAUGAGAUAGCUGUGUGUUGAAUAACCAGCGGACAUGACAUUACACAACUUGUGCAUGUAGUUUUCUCCUGUUACUGUAGUACCAGCGACUUAUGUGUAUGCCAUGACCAACCACUGAUACACUGUGAUAUCGGAUAGUCAGCAUGGCCAAACAUAAGGGACCAGCAGAUGUUGCUGUGAAAAGUGACACGACAAAGAAACUGAAGCAAGUAGCAGCAGCAAAGGGCAAAGUCGGGAGAGGAAAGAUAUCUCAGAAGAUUGCAGAAAAUGGGGUUAAGGAGGUCCCCAAGAAAUCCAAAGCCAAAUCCCAAACUUCCAAGAAAGCAGGCAGUUCCUCUGCCAAGAAGCACACCAGCAAAUACUUCCAGGACCAGCCAAUGAAAAGGGAGCCUGAAACCAUGAAUGUCGAUGCUGAUAACAACAAUGAAGAUGAUGAUGAUGACUUCAUUGUACCUGCUGUUGCUGUUGCAUCAGGGGUGAAGAAAACUGAGACCAAAAAAGAAGAGGAAGACGAUGAGGAGUGUGAGGAUGACAGUGAUGAAGAUGGCGAUUGGGAGGAGGUGGAAGAGCUCACAGAGCCGUUGGGGCCUGCUGCUCCUGUGGAACCAGCGGUUCCGUCUCAGCCUGUGGAGAUUGAGAUCGAAACCCCAGACAUCGCCCGCAAGAGACAACAGAAGGAGAAGAGGAAGACCGAGUUUGAGAACUACCUGCGUCGCAUGAUGAACCGCUUUAACAAGGACCUAAUAGAAGACACGCACAAGGUUCAUCUGCUGUGUCUGCUAGCCAAUGGAAUAUUCCGGAACAGUGUGUGCAGAGAACCAGAUCUCAUAGCCAUUACUUUGUCACUACUGCCCUCCCACUUCAUAGCGGUUAACCCGAAUCGGGUCGACACACUAUUUCUCAAUGACCUGUCGAAGUGGUUUGGGACCACCUUCACAGUGAACCCGGAGCUUCCCGAGGAGAAAGGCCAGGAGCUGAGGACGGUCCUGGAGAGGAGGCUGGGGAGUCUGACCGCCAGAAACCAUGAGGAGAUGACUCACUUAUUCCUGUUGGUGCUCAGGGCACUACAGUUGUUCUGCAGGCUGGUGCUCUCUCUGCAGCCCCUGCCAAUCAAACCGCCCCCUGCCAAGGACAAAGCUAAAACCUCCAAGUCUGCAGCUGAUAAAAAAACAGGCACAUCUAAAAAAAGCCUCUCGGAUAUGAGCUCCCCAGAGGCGAAAGUGUCCCCAGGGUCCAAGCGUCCGGCCGCAGGCCGCUGGGAUAGCAAGACGGAGAGGGGAGGGAAGCGGCCGAAGAAGCGAGAUGGAACGGGAGAGAAGGAAGGGACGGGACAGCGUCCGAAAAACACAAAGAGACGCAGCGUGGCCUCAAAGGUGAGCUACAAGGACGAGAGCAGUGACGAGGAGAUGGAGGAGGAGGAGGCUGGCAGUGAAGAGGAGUUCCUGCUGAGCAGUGGAGGAGAGAGCGAGGAGGAGGAGCAGGAGCAGAGGAGAGGAGGACUGCAAAAGGGACGAGGGGGAAAGGGCAAAGGGGCAGCUAAGGGCAAAGGCCGAGCGCCAAGGACGUCCAGUGGGGCGAAGAAGAAGAUGGAGGAGGAGGAGGAGGGGGAGGGGGAGGAGAUGGGCAAGAAGAGGGGGAAGAGGAGGCAGGGCAAGGGGAACGACGAGUGGCUAGAGGUGUACCUGGAGGAGGUGGGCAGGUGGGUGUGUGUGGACGUGGAGCAGGGGGUUGGGCAGGUGCAGCGCUGCUCCAGUCAGGCCACGCAGCCCAUAAGCUAUGUGGUGGCCGUGGAUGGCGACGGCUACAUCAAAGACCUCAGCAGCAGGUACGACCCCACCUGGCUCACGUCGUCACGGAAACGCCGCGUGGAGGGGGACUGGUGGGACGAGACGCUGCUGUUCUAUGAAGCACCUGACUCAGAGAGGGAAAAGAAGGAGGACAACGAGCUGGAGGCCAGGCUGCUGAGCAAGCCCUUGCCCACGGCCAUCUCGGAGUACAAGAACCACCCGCUGUACGCCCUGAAGAGGCACCUGCUGAAGUACGAGGCCCUGUAUCCCUCCACAGCCGCCAUCUUGGGCUACUGCAGGGGGGAGCCUGUCUACUCCAGGGACUGUGUUCAUACGCUGCAUUCCAGAGACACAUGGCUUAAAGAGGCACGCACCGUCCGUCUUGGAGAAGUGCCCUAUAAGAUGGUGAAGGGCUUCUCCAACCGCUCGCGGAAGGCUCGCUCGAUGGCCGAGCAAAAGGAGGAGAAGGACCUCUCACUGUUCGGAGAGUGGCAGACGGAGGAGUACCAGCCUCCCCUGGCUGUGGAUGGGAAGGUCCCUCGCAAUGACUUUGGGAACGUGUACUUGUUCAAGCCUUGCAUGUUGCCCAUCGGCUGUGCUCACCUGCGUUUGCCAAAUCUGCACCGCGUGGCCAGGAAGCUGGAAAUAGACUGUGCGUUAGCAGUGACCGGAUUCGACUUCCACGGCGGUUAUUCACAUGCAGUAACUGAUGGAUAUAUUGUUUGUGAGGAACAUCAGGAAAUCUUGAGAGCUGCAUGGGAAAAUGAGCAAGAGAUUCAGCAGAAGAAGGAGAUAGAGAAACGAGAGAAGCGCGCUGUGGCAAACUGGACUCUGCUGGUUAAAGGUCUUCUGAUCAGGGAGAGACUCAAGCGUCGCUACGGACAACAGGGCCUUGCCCAGCAGCGAUCAGGGGUUGAACAGGGGGAGCAGGGAGGGACGGACGGCCUGUCCUCAGAGGAGGAGGAGGCGGAGGAGGAGGGGAAGGGAGGUGGACCGUCCGCCAACGCCCCCUCGCUGGCCAGCUCCUGGCCCCAGAACAGGCAAGAGGAACCGGAGGAGGCGUCCAAGCAAGCCAGCAGCAGCAAGCGAGAGAAACGUGGUCAACAGAAACACCUCUUCCCUUUCGAGAAAGUUUGAAAGGCCUACUUAUGUCUGUUCUGUGUCCUCUGUCUACUUCUGUUUAUUUUUUCUUCCUUUGUCAUGUCUUCCAUUUUACCCCCAUUAUGCUUUGUCUUCUUUCACACAAUCUCACAACAGG